AUGCCGUCCCUCCACAUUCACCUGCCCUCUGCGGCCUCACGACAGCCCGCCUCCCCAUCGCCAUCCUCACGCCACCCCAUCGUGUCCGCCAACUCCACGACCUCUACGGCCUCUACCUCCUCUUCUGUCGCCCUGCGCCGCUUCUGGUCCCCUUCACCGUCCUCGCCCGCCUCUCCGACGACCUCGGCCCAGACCCAGACCCAGUCGGCUCCCUCUUCCCUUCACCUCAACGAUGACCUCUUGUCCCGCAUCCAGCAGUCACGCUUUCAGCCAGAGUCGGCCCUCUUCACCCUGAUCCCGCCCCUGGUCGACGCUGCUGCCGGCACUACGGUUGUCCCGGCUUCGUCUAUCCGUCGUCUGCUUGCCGACCUCUGCUGGCUCGCCCGCCACCUGCCGGCUGUUCUUUCUGCCACGGCUGAGCCCACCCUACACACCGUCCUGCACAUCGCCCUGACCGUCGGUAGUGCUACCCUGCUGCUGUGGACACCGCUGCUGCUGGCCUGUCUGCCGGGCUGCCUCUUCAUCGGCUGGCUCGUCACCAUCGGCUUGGGCGCACGACUGGCUUCGGCACCGCUCAACACGGCCCUCCCGGCCGUCUUCCACAGUCCCUGGGCCUCGGAGGACGAUGCAGACGUUGAACAGGACGAGCAUUGGUUCUUUGUCAGCGGCAUCGGCAUCAGUUCUGGCUCCCUCGCCGUCAUGAUGCCGCGCCUCGCCGCCGUCUUUGGCCGGCCCAUCACGCUCAUCCGCCCUGGCCGGUCUUAUGGCGUCUUUCUCGACCUCGCCCGCGCUUUUCUGCACCGCUUGGACAGUCGUUUGCCCGUCUCCGGUGCCGACGCCCUGCAUUCGGCGGUGCGCCAGUCUCUUCGGCCGAUGCCGUCGUUGUCUUCGUCCACGAGCAGCCGCGGCCGCCGCGUCGUCAUUCUCGCCCACAACGCCGGCGCCAUUGCCGUCUCCCAGGCUCUUGCCCGGCUCCUCGUCGACGUCCCCCCCGCCUGGCUCGCCCGCCUCGAGAUCUACACCUUUAGCUCUCUGGCCUCCGACUUUGCUCUGCCCGCAGGCUUCUCGACUACCACCACUCCCCACGUCGAGCACUUUGCUCUCGCCGAUGACCCCUUUGCCCGCUUCGGCAUCUUGCGGACCGUCCGCGAGGACCUCUCUGUCCGCUGCUGUGGUGGCGUCUUUGUGCUGGGCGAAUCAGGCCGGCCGCGAACGCCGCCGCUAACCAUAUCUUUUCACUCUUCUCGCUUCCACAUGGAGGACUACCUCACCACCCUCUUCGGGCCCGAGCCCUGGUCCAUGCGUCCCGACAUUCACGAGGGCGGUGCGGUGCAGCGCCGAGACACCGGCCUCCUCGACGCCGUCGUCACCGUCGACCGCGACCUUGCCGAGAAGCGUGAGAUGCACGCCCUCGUUCAGGCUGCGCCGUGGCCGUCAACCAGAAACCGCCUCAGCUGGACCGGUCUCGGCGCCACGGCCGCUGUAGACGACACCAUCCGCAAAAGGGAUGACCCUUCCCAUCCAUAUCACCAACAGAAGCGCCAGGGAAUUCUGGGAAUUCUGGGCCUCGAAACGGCCCGUCGGCUGUGUCGCGACUACAACAACAGGCCUGGUCGUGCUAUCAGUCGGUUGUUUGGCCACUAUGCCGAUGCUGUCGUGCGCCAUGAAGAGCGCUACGGACCACGUGGUAUGCUAUAG